AUGCACCCGUUCUCCGUACUAACUCUUGCAAUUUUCGUAGCUGGCUACAUAACUGCUCGGUGGGAUCUUGUCACCCGACUCUAUGAGCUCGCCAUCUUCGCCUGGGAUCAUGGAGUUGUAACACGCACGGCGAAAGGAUUUACGCUAUUAUCAAUUUUAUUUUUCUUGUUUUUCAUACCCAUUGAAAGACUGGCAUCCAGAGAGACAGCGUUGGCUCGUUUUGAGGCUUUGCUCUCUUCCAAUUACCCUGCCAUGUCCGAACAAGAUGGUCUUAUGAGAAUAUUUUGGCCCACGGGUAUACCAAGAAUCGAUUAUCCCGGUGUGAUAGUUGGCUGGAGAAACUCUGGGCUAGAUUUAUUUGUUACUGCAAUUCUGGAAGAUGUUGAUGCGACAAGCGUUGAGCAAGCUCUAAAGACGGGAACACUGACACAAAAUUCAUCUCAUCCUGUGGCAAGGAUUUUUGAAUUGUGUGGUCAAAAUUCGAUUCAAGUAUUAGGGGUCCUAAACAUGCCAAAAGUAGGAGUUGAAACUUUGCAGAUUCAUGCAACAAUUGAUUCUACAUCAGGUCUGCCAAAAAUAUUUUGCGCCAGGGCAUCUACACUUCAGAUUAUAUUGUACAAACGUCCUUUACCCACCAGGAUGCAAUAUGUUUCACUAAAGCCAAUUACUCUAGCCUUGGGGGAUAAAGGUGAAGCUGAAGAUUUAGCUAGCAGGAGCAGUUAUACAGGAGAUGAAGAAGAAGAAUCUAAUAGCAAAAAAAUGUCGCAAAAUCUGGUAGAAAAGUUGAAGCUCCAUACUGUCAUUAAGCAUCCAGCCUCCGCGAAAGAGCGUGCCCUACUCAAGAUUGUCAACCAGAUUAAUUGCUCCUGGGAGCUAAAUAGACUUCUUCAAAAAAAUAUUUCGUCUGUGGGAACACGUAUGAGACGAAGUCUUAGCGUAUCUGAGAGAGUAGUCGAAUCGGCGGUGACAAUGAGAGAUAUAAUCCUUACAGUGUCGUGGCAAUUAAUUAAAAGCUAUAUCUAUCCCACAAUUAGGCGAUUUUUUAUUAUUGUAUUACUAUGUCACAGAGUAUUAGCUGAGGCUCUCCUUCUACUUUUAGAAUGGAGAGCGAAGCCAGACUAUGCUGCACUGAAGGAUAUUUCGGCCACUGCCCAGCAGGUAGAGAUCCGACUUCUUCAGUUUUGUUAUUGGCCACUGCAGUAUGUCACUCUACGAAGACGUAAGAAUGACUGGGAGAGCGUCACGAACAGUCAUUCCGACUAUAUUAGAUUCUAUAAUAGCCUUUGGCUAGUCGCAAAUGAUGUUAUCAUUGGUAUUGCGCUAGGCUCAUACAUAAUCGAUAACGCUUCUUGGGUAGCUGAAUCAAUUAGUAGGAUUCUAAGCCUAUAUUCAAUUGCAGCUCUUCAAACAACAAUAUCAUGGUUGAUGGACUGGCCUGCUGGACUCAAGCUCAAUAACGAGCUAGCUGCCUUUCUCGGAGAUCUAUUUUUAUGGGUCAUCGACUACUGGUCAAGUUGUUUUGAAACUCUAAGACCAGCCCUGCCACACAUUAUUUGGUUUAUUGGCAUCUCCAGUUUUGCUGGAGCUAGCAUGCCUAUUGCCCUCUUAUCUGAUCUCAUCUCUAUUUUAACGCUACAUAUUUACUCGUUUUAUAUGGCAUCUGCUAGAAUUUUCAACUGGCAAUACACCAUUCUACUCUCACUAUUUCAGCUCUUCCGUGGGAAAAAGCACAACGUCCUCCGCAAACGCAUAGAUUCUUGCGAUUAUGAUCUUGACCAGCUACUCCUUGGUACUAUUCUAUUUACUUUACUCUUUUUUUUACUGCCAACUGUUGUAGUAUUUUACUUUACAUUUGCAUGCUCUCGUAUGACGAUUAUAUCAUUGAAAGCUAUUUUGGAUACCAUGCUCGCAUGCUUAAACCAUUUCCCUUUAUUUGCCCUAAUGCUACGAAUCAAGGACCCUCACAGACUUCCAGGAGGGAUUAGAUUUGAACUUCAAGAUACCCCACCUGAUGCAGAGCAAACCCAGAGCACACAUAAAUCGAAGUUUUAUCCCCUUCAUGUAUCACACCCGACUUCUUACAUUUAUUUGAAGUCAACUCCUCUAACCUUCCGCGCAAUGUUUCAUCAAUAUUUUCAACUAGGUCAUCGUAUCCGCAAACACUACUUGUCACCUCGUGUUCUUUUGUGCCUAGCUACUGGAAAAUUUGUUCCGCCUAUUCACCGCAAAAAUCUGUACUCUUUGCAGUAUAGUAUGUUGCCUACUCAUCGUGCAAGUAUUUUAGAUAUUUGGACUAUUUUGACGAAGAAUGAAACAAUCAAAAAAUCUAGUCCUGGAUUCAAUGGUAGAGUACAUGGAAAGAAAUCAAAUGGACACGGGAGACGUAACUAA